AUGAGAUCAUUGUUGACCAUUCUCGGAGUCGGGCAUCACGCACGAAACUCCAAGUCCCUGUCUUCCUCGUCGCAGUACUCACCUGCUCCCCUAACGGCAGGACAGCUGCUAGGCGACGAUGGUGAUAUCUACUCUGGACCUCCCCAGCAGGCGGCACGCGUCUCCCACGGAUCCCACGGAUCCCACGGGCGGCGAAUGAACUCGUAUUCAUCCGAGACCGUCAAGCCACUCAACGGGGAGGAGACCACCUCUCUUCUGAAGGGGAGGUACUACGGCUUUGGCGACGGGGCGAGCGUGAGCAUGAGCAGCGACUACUCGUACGGAGGGACGGUGCGGGGGGCGACGGUGGCAAGCUGGGAUGGUGACGACGGCAAGGCACGACGGCCUGUGGCGACCUUGGUCGUGAGGGAUGACAGGCUGUCUAGGGUUCUCGACGGGGUGACGCUUCUGACGGAAUGCGUCGCCAACAUCGUCACGCUGAGCGUCUUUGUCUGGGUGACGGUUUGGCAGAGGAGGGAUAGCAGUGAUGGGUUUUGGGGAUGGCUAUGGUCAACAGCAGCACCGGUAAUCACUGUACAGGCAGCAAUCUGCUUCGCAGCCCUAGUGACGCACGAGACGCGCCCCGACGGACGGGGGCUGUCGACGAUGACCCUGCUCUUCGUGCAGAUGGGGGUGCUGGUCCUGGCGACGGGUACGGCCGUGACCGUGGCGGCGCGGUGCACCGGUAGCAGUACCAGUGCGGUCGGGAACGGCGAAGAUGGGAGCCGCGCGGCCAAGGGGGCCGUCAUGGGUUGCGGGACGCUGGUGUGGAGCGUGGCCCUGAUGGGGUUCGGGAGGGCGGCGAUGGUGUGGGGUGCUGCAGGGGAGGAUGACGGAGAAGUGAGUUGCUAA